AUGACGCUCGCCGUGUCGUCGACAACAUCCUCUGACGAAGGCAGUGUGGUUCUAGGAAUAGGAUCUCACGGAGGGAAUCUGACAGAUGGGAUCGCGAAGUUCUCGUUAAAGCGCUGGACAGUGAUCUUGUUCUCUAAGCCACUCCUUACUACCAGAUCCACAAAUUUCAACGUGGCCGUCGUCGAUUUUCUAGAAAGCUGCGUUGGACCACCACAGCNGCUCGACGGAGAUGAAGAAGUGGGCUGGGAAAUGAAUAUAAGCGAAUAUUCGGUACUUUGGAGUGGUUGCGAUGGUGGCUGUAUCGGUGAUGACCGAACGAACGAAGGAUAG